AUGACUUCAGGAUCGAAGACCCAGAUCUCUGAUCUAGAGGUCGUCAACCACGCAAAUCAUAUCCAAAGAAGUGUUUUCUUUGUGAGCAACGUGCACUGUGCAUCAUGUGUAGCAUAUGUCACCGAAGUGCUCUCUGAUAUUUCCACCGUUACCGACAUCGAAGUCACGAUUUUAACCCACGAAGUGCGUGCCAGUCAUAGUGCUACAGUUCAACCGACCGUCCUUGUAAAUGCAUUAAUUCACGCCGCAUUUGAAGUACAAUAUGUAACGACUUUUGACGACCGAGGAGCGCUCGUCUCGGAACUCGAUACUUCCACUUGGAACCACCGUGGCUCAGCACUGUUCUCUACACCUCGCAACUCGGUUUCUAGCAUAUCAUCGAAUAUCAAAGAGCGAAUCCAGGCUAGCAGACAUAAAAGACAUAUCGCCAACUGUGAUGCCUGCAAGAAAGAAGACCGCGAGAACACUUCUCCCCAUUGUUCUCGAACCGAGCUGGGGUCUUUGGCAGAGAAAUCUUCACAGGGUGGCUACCGUCGGUUCAGUAAAAGCCAUGAGCGCGAUAUUUCGGUCUCAAAGCUUGAGCCAACGCCGGAGAAUACUUUCCAGGAUACAGCUUCGGUUGCCUCUCUUGAAACAAGAGUGGAACGUGAUAGACAAUCUCCAGAACAGCUCAGAUCGAGCCCUCAACCGAUAGAUGAAUUCAAGGCACAAAUAAGCAUCGAAGGAAUGAGCUGUGCAUCAUGUGCCAACAGUAUCACGGCUGAAGUUCAACAGCUCGAGUUUGUGAAGGAGAUUACAGUCAACCUUCUCACCAACAGUGCUACAUUAAUUUAUAUUGGACCCAAAAACAAUAUCGACAAGAUUGUUGAACAAAUCGAUGAUAUAGGGUUCGAAGCAUCACUUGAUGAAGUGAAUCCGGUUCGCAAAGCACCCUUCCCUACAGAUUCCAUCGAGAUAUACACCAGCGAGAUUGCAAUCACUGGUAUGACCUGUGGAUCUUGCAGCGGGGCAGUGACUCGCGGAAUCGAGGAGCUGUCGUUCGUUCGAGAUGUCUCUAUCAACUUGCUUUCACAUAGCGGAAGGGUUGAGUUUGAAGGUCGGGACAAUGUUGAUAAGAUCAUUGAGAAGAUCGAAGACCUGGGUUACGAAGCUGCCAUCAAUAGCGUCUCUCCAGUGACAGGUGUUCCAGAACGCUCGCGAAGUAACCAGCACAGGACAAUCUCUAUCCGAGUGGAUGGAAUGUUCUGUCACCAUUGCCCUCUGGCAGUUAUGAAGGCAGUGGAAUCAUUUCCGGAUGUCACCAUAGAACAGCAUAUCUCCGAGAAAGACCCCAUUCUCAGAGUGACCUAUACCCCGCGACCCCCUUCUUUCACCAUUCGAUCUCUUAUAUCCACCAUCAAUGCUGCCAAUGAUGCGUUCCGCGCACAUGUAUAUCACCCACCCAGCAUCGAAGACCGUUCUCGUGCAAUUCAGCACCAUGAACGCCGCCGCCUAUUAUUACGCCUGCUGUUCGUCUUGAUGAGUGCAAUUCCUACAUUCAUUAUCGGCAUCGUGUUCAUGUCUCUUGUCUCAUCCGAAAACCCCACUCGAAUGUAUCUCGAGGAAACAAUGUGGGCCGGCAGUGUGACACGCAUAGAAUGGGCACUGUUCAUCAUGGCAACGCCCGUGAUGUUCUACGGCACUGACGUAUUUCACGCCCGUGCCAUGAAGGAGAUCUAUGCCUUAUGGCGACCCGGAAGUCGGGUGCCCAUCUUACGGAGAUUCUAUCGUUUUGGUAGCAUGAACCUUCUGAUCUCUGCGGGUACAUCUGUUGCCUACGCUUCAUCACUCGCCGUGCUCAUUAUUGAUGCGGUCGUGGGUACCAAGUCCAGUGCUCACAGCACAACCUACUUUGACUCGGUGGUCUUCCUGACAUUGUUCAUUCUUGCUGGUCGGUUCUUGGAGGCAUACAGCAAAGCUAGAACAGGUGAUGCUGUCACAUCCUUGGGCAACCUUCGACCUUCCGAGGCACUAUUGAUCGAGGAAACACCCUCUAUCACUGGCGAUGCCUCCGAUGGCUCUUCCGUAGAAGAAAUGAAACGUACCAAUGUUGACCUCCUCGAAGUUGGUGACGUGGUAAGCAUUCCUCAUGGCGCCUCGCCCCCUGCCGAUGGAACUGUCAUCGACACUGCCACAUACAAAUUCGAUGAAAGCUCCUUAACUGGAGAAUCUCGACCGGUCAAAAAAUCAAUCGACGACAGAGUCUACACCGGAUCUGUGAAUGUCGGCCAGCCCGUGCGCAUCCGCAUUACGGAGCUCGGUGGUUCAUCUAUGCUUGACCAGAUCAUCGCUGUGGUUCGUGAAGGUCAAAGCAAGCGUGCACCGCUCGAAAGAGUUGCAGAUCUUCUCACCUCGCAUUUCGUCCCCGUCAUCACGCUCAUUGCAAUCUCCACCUUCAUCAUCUGGCUUGCUCUUGGCCACUCGGGUGUGCUUCCCACAGACUACCUGGACGUCGCGCAUGGCGGUUGGACAUUCUGGGCUCUAGAGUUUGCAAUUGCAGUAUUUGUUGUAGCAUGCCCCUGCGGCCUGGCUCUUGCAGCCCCUACUGCACUGUUUGUCGGAGGUGGCCUAGCAGCAAAGCAUGGUAUCCUUGUCAAGGGCGGAGGUGAAGCCUUCCAAGAGGCCAGUCGCUUGGACGCUAUUGUCUUUGACAAGACAGGCACAUUGACUGAAGGGGGUAGCCUAAAGGUUUCUGACCAUCAGGUUUUGACAAGUGACUUAGAAAUUGCAAGAGUUGCAUGGGCAUUGACUCGAAAGAUGGAAGAGAGUAGCAACCAUCCGAUCGCUCAGGCAAUCACCGACUUCUGCAAAUCUCAACCCUCUGCUACUGUCAACUCCUUCGAUAUUCAUGAAAUUUCCGGACAAGGCAUGAAAGGAACUUUCACUGUCUCCGGACCCGAACCCGGACAAGUCAACGAAUACGAAGCUGCCAUUGGAAAUGAACGUCUCCUGCACAGCGUCCUAUCACCCGAGACAGAUACAUACUUCGUUUCGAACCUGCUGUCAAAAUACCAGUCAACAGGCAAAUCAACCGCGGUUCUCUCUCUCCGCCACGUCAAUUAUCCGUCCCCGAAAACAUCAAAGUUCAUUCCAGUAAUCGUACUCGCAACAUCAGACACUAUCCGCCCCGAAGCCGUCGACAUCAUCUCCCAGCUCAACAAGCGCCGUGUCGAUGUCUACAUGUGUACAGGUGAUAAUCAAACAACAGCCCACGCCGUCGCAGACAUGCUAGGAAUCCCCCGUUCCAAUGUCAUGGCCAAUGUCCUCCCAGCAGAGAAAGCCUCUUUCGUCCGUCAGAUACAGAAAGGGUCUUCAAACGCCUCUUCGACAGAUAAUAAUGCUGAAUCAUCCCGUCCAAUCGUCGCCUUCGUUGGUGAUGGUGUGAACGACUCGCCAGCUCUAGCAGCAGCAGACGUCAGCAUCGCGAUGGCCUCCGGCUCAGACGUGGCAAUCAACUCGGCCAGCUUCAUCCUGCUAAACUCAGACCUGAGCACGAUCUUACAGCUCGUAUUGCUCAGUCGUCGUGUUUUCAAUCGCGUGCGAAUGAACUUCGUCUGGGCGGUUAUUUACAAUACCUGCCUGGUGCCUGUUGCAGCUGGUGUCUUCUAUCCUAUUAUCAGUGGGCAUCACUUUAAGUCUGUGGGCGGGGAAACUAUCAUGGUCAAUGAGCAUUGGAGGUUUAGUCCUGUGUGGGCUGCGUUAGCGAUGGCUUUGAGUAGUAUCUCUGUUGUUCUGAGUAGUCUUGCUUUGAGGAUUGAUAUGGGGAGUAUUAUGAAGAUUUGGAGGAGGGAUAAUUAA